AUGGGUCGGUUUCUGCCACUAUAUUGCCGACGCAGUGACGGUAGACUUGAGGUAAUCGGCAAGGGUAGGCGCAAGGAGCGCAACGAGCCUGCGCCUGAGCAGCUUGACAUGACUCCCAACAAGCAGGGAGUCAGUGACUACUACCGUGAAGUUACCCCGGACGAUGCCAAAUCUCUCGACUGGCGAAGGAAGUUGGGUGGGAUGCUUGCACGAGAGCUUGAUUGGAAAGACAAGCCUGGUGGGUAUAGCGGGUACAUGCUAGUGGCCUUUCCGGAGAACUACCGACUCUACGAGCACAUCAAGAAGACCGAGAGGGACGGCAAGACCGAAAUCAAGAGCAAAACGCAUGCCGGUGGAGGCAAUGACCGCCAGGAUGCGUACCUCUACGGCCAUCCUGCGGGACGACGGAAACGCUUCAGAAGCCCGGGCGACUUCUUUCCGCACCUUCUUUGGCUGGUAACUGACGAAGAAGGCGACCCUGACAACUGCGGCUGCAAAAUCUGCUCACCGGAGGAUCUUGAGAAUAUCGUACCGGGUGCCAAGGUCAAGGUCGAAAAGUCGAUCAAGCAGGAGAUUGAAAGCAAGCCUGCACCUGCUCAAACUGCUGCGCCCUCUCAAAUGCCAGCACCGAAGCAAGAGUCAAAUAACACAGUGGCUCGACCACGCAAUACAUCCCAAGCCCUUACUCCGACAGUGCUUCCCAAGCCAAGGCAUCCCGACCAAGAUCGUGACCGGCUCUAUCGUAGUUUCAUGUAUCGGCCGGGCGAACUUGUGUGGUUCCAGCGAGGCAGUGCGUGGGCAUUAGGCAUCAUUAUCAGACGCUGGUUAGAGCUGGAUCAGUAUGUCUACGCUGUACGGCCACUUUCAUACCCCGGCGCAGAGCCAGCGGUUGUGACUAAGAGUUCAGAAUCUGGCUUUCGGCCGUGGCUGGCAUGGAGCGUACCAAAGUUCACGCACAGUGGCUUGAAUACUCUUCCUCAACCUUUUCACUACGAUACCGCUGACUGGCAAGGACUGAUGCAAAAGCGAUACGGGGACGGCGAGCUGGAAGUUGACGCAUCCAUUCUCGCUGCGAAGGCUAUCGAUGCUACAUAUACCCCAAUUGAGCCAGCGAGAACCGUCGAAGUUGAGCCCGGUGUCACCGAGACUUACUAUGACGGACUAUUCCUUGGUGCGGAGAAGGUUUGGUGCGGCGAUCCACUGCGUUUGACCAUCGGCUCAGGAACAGACAUUGUGGUUGUUCACUCCAUUUCUGAGCGGAAGCACGUCUCAGGCCCCUACACUCCACCAUUGUCCUUGACUGGAGACGUCUACACACUCUCUUCCGCACCGUACCGACAAGGUGAUCGCAACCCGAACAUACCUACCCCUGAAAAUACCGACAUCCCUUUCGCCCACCUACCACUUCGCCUUGUCGAAGAUCUACGCAAGCGCAACGGACGCUCUAUAGCUCUCAGGAAUACAGCUAGCUACUGGAAGCUAGUAGCGCCCCAAUCGAAGGUCGCACUGGACCAGAUCAAAGGUCGCUGGUACGAGGCUACCCUGCUUCUACCCAUCCUCGACCAGAACCGCUUCGACGAGAUGACUCGAAAAGGUGACAUCUCAGAGUCAUCGCUCUGGCUCAACUCAAGGCUAGACUGCCAGAAUACUCACGCUCCACAAACUUCUAACAGACAUAAGCAGAGUGUUCGCAAAGAAACACGCAAGGAGGCCAUUGGUAAAGCUGUGCCGCCGUACACUGAGAUACAGGACGGCGUUGAACCACCGGUUGCAAACAACGGUGAUGCGGCGUUGGACCGACAGGCCGGUGAUAGCAGCGGAACUAUGGAGAUUGAUGCUCGCUUCUCCACGGCGGACGAUGGCGGCGGCGGUGAGCCGGGCCAAGACGACACGGCCGGAGCUGAACUUGACGACCUUAUGAAUUUAGAUGCAGGAGAGAUGGCCGGGUUUGGGCAGGACUAUAUUACUAGUCAGACGACGCAGCGAUCUGGUUAUUUCUGA